AUGUCUUCACCCUAUGAUAAUCGCGGCUCGUCGCGCCGCCGACAUGGUGUUUGGAGCCACUGGGUCCCACUGGCAGUGACUGUGACUGUUGCCACUGUUGGUGUUGCGGCCUGGAUAUGGAGCCAGCGCAGCAAUGACGAGGAAGAGGAAGAGGACGCCAUUACACAGCAUCUUGACUACGAGCAUGCUGAUUACGGGGACAACCCACCUUACGGUGCUACUGGCGACAAUGUCAGCGUCAGAGCUCCGCCAUCUUUCAGGAGCGACUUGAGGCCCGAGGAGGUCGGUUAUGGGGUCACACACGCCGAUGCUACCGGACCAGGCUGGGGAGCGCGCAUGUCUGGCGCGUUGCGCCGCACGCCCAGCCCGCAAAACAUCCUUGAUCGCGCUGGCAAGACAGUCGCCGCAGGUGUUGCGGCGGCGGGAACGGCUGUGGGGAGCGCCCUGGCUGCUAUCCGGGAGGAAGACAAGGCUGCGUUCGCCGACCACGAGACGUGGUCCGAGGAAGCAGAUGCAAAGAACGAGAAGAGUCCGGCUGCACAAGCACGCGAGUACGGCAGCAAGAGAAGAAAGACAGUAGCUAUUGUCGUUUCUGCUGAUACGCAACUGGACUUCGACGGGGAUGGGUAUCAUGAACACGCCUCAAUACUGUCGCAUAUCCCAAAGCACACCGACUUUUCAAAGGUCAAGCUGUUCAUCUUGAUAUAUGCGCCAGGGCUGAAGGACACGGUUACGGAAACAGCUAGUACCCGGGCCCCGGCCUCACUCAGUUCAUCAUUCUCUGUGGUUGGCCCUGAGCAGGCCUUAACACCCGGGGACGAAAUGAAGAGCCCACUGCUGGCCUCGUCUAGCAACCCGAGCUUCAAUGCGGUCUACUCUCAGGCUAUCGGCUUAGUUGAGAAAGAAACCAGUGUUCUUCCAUUCACGACGCCGGCUGGCUAUACGCACAUUCUCCACCACCUCAAACCGGAAGUUGUCUACCUGCAGGAAUCACUUGCGGGAGAAAACGGGCUUCACGUGCAGAAGCUCCAGUCCUGGCUCAGAUACGACAUUAUUCUGGUCGUCGGUGCUGAGAGUGGCCAUGGAGGUCUAGCAGACAGCGAAUCUGAGGCCGAGAGGCCCGGGGAGGCACAGAAGUGGUGGCAGAAGGAGGAUCGCGUAGGACGUGGCCGGGGAGUGAUCGUGGUGGAUGGGAUGAGAGUUAAUGAUGACUGGGCGCGUCGCGUCCAGGGGAACGAGCAAUGA